GAGAAGCUCCCGAAAGUUAGCUUACUUUUUCAAAAUAUAUGCAAGACUGGUUUCCGGUGAUUGAGUAUCUUUUUUAUUGACUUUUUGAGUACAGCGACUGAAAUGGUAAGCGAAGAAAUACGACAUUUAUUUAGUUACUAACUCGACAGUUUAUGCUAGCUUGGUGAAUCCAGUUAUCUUGCGUCAAACUUUUGACGGGAAAGAAAAAAAAAGUCACCAACAAAUGAGGCGUUUGAAAGCGGUUUGAUCCACAAUGACUUCAAUGACUUCCAUUGAGGAGGCCGGAGAAACACCGCAAAGUUUCGGGAACAAGGAGCUGAACGCAGUGAGGAAACACAGCGAGCCCACUUCCACAGAGAUGCUUUGUCUACGGAGAUCCAACCUCACAUGUGUUCCUGAUUGGGUGCUGAAAAACAGCCUCCUUACGUAUCUGUGUCUGGAGGGAAAUCAGAUUUCCAGCAUUCCUGGACCAAUGUUCUGCAGCUUGCCUCAGCUGCAGUGGCUGGACCUCAGAAACAACCUCAUUACAUCCCUUCCAGCUGACAUAGGGUCACACAGGUCUCUGAGAAAUCUUGUACUUGAAGCCAAUCCGAUCUCAGAGCUUCCAGCAGAGCUGGGCAGAGUGAUUACACUGAGAGGCCUGAACCUGAGGGACUGCCCCAUUCGUUUUCCUCCUAAAGAGGUUUUGCAUCAGGGAUGCCGCAGCAUCUUGCAGUACCUGAGGACCGUUCUGGCUCAGAGAGAAGCUACAGAGAGGAAGAGUCUUCCAGCUGAGGAGCAGCUCCAGCUGUUAGAGCUGACAGAGUCCAGCGCGGAGGACCAGGAUGAGUCGGCGGACGAGGCCGGGCUGCAGAGGUUCAGGGAGCUUAAAGACAAGCUGAAUGCGCUGGAAGAAGCAGAGAUGGCAUCGAUAGCAAACAGUGAGCGACAGUCUCAACUUCUUCCUGCAGAUAAAAGGAAAGGUUCAUCUACAGAGGUCGGCAUAUUUCCUGAGCUUUAUCAGUGUGGCUCUCAGUACCGCAGGUCAGAACAGAGAGGAGAAGCUGCACAGAGAGAGCUGAGAAAGAAACAGGCUCCGUUGGUGAAGGAGAAAAAGGAUGCUCAUGAAAAGUGCUGUAAACAAGCCAAAAUAAGAGGAAGACAAAGAAAGGUUCAGGAAACAUAUUCCAAACGUCAUCUAGAGGGCAGCACAGGACCUUCACAGGAGCAGGUGUUUCGCUUGACUGCAGAGGUGCAACAGGACAGAUCUGCUUGGAAGCCGGAGCAGAAAAUCUUUACUCCGGUCAAGAGGAUGCCAGAGAAACGCAUGAAUCCCAGAAGCACUAUGACCCAGCAGAGAGCUGUUACAGAGGAGGAUGUGGAAGAGAUCAGGAAGUUACAACAACUACGUCUUGAAAGGAAAAACAUGGGAAGAUAUUUUAAAAAGCCUUUCACCAUCUACAGCCCAAACAGCUGGCCCAACAUCCUGUUCAAGUGACUGGGAUCACUUACUCCAUGCUUGAGUUUUAGGCAUUUAAAGACACUGGAAAUGACUUUAAUAAAAUGUUCCAUCAUUA